AUGAAGUUCCACAUCACGUCCUUCCGCGCAGCGGCGCUUGUCACCCUCAUUGCGAGCGCUGAAGCCGCCAAACAUAGCCAUGGCCACAGCCAUCACCACGAGACUCGUGAUGUGGCACUAGGAAAGAGGAGUGGAAAGUGCGAGUUCCCCUCCGAUGCUGGCCUGGUUGAGAUCACCCCGCAUGAGCAAAACGCCGGUUGGGCUAUGAGCCCCGAUGAGCCCUGCGAACCUGGCAACUACUGCCCUUACGCUUGCCCUCCCGGUCAGGUGUCUAUGCAGUGGGAUCCCAAGGCGACGUCCUACUCUUACCCUAUGUCCAUGAGGGGUGGCCUGUACUGUGACGAGGACGGCAAAAUCCAGAAACCCUUCCCCGACCGCGACUACUGUGAGUCGGCCACUGGUGUUCUCAAGGCCCACAACAAGGCUGGAAAGUCUGUCUCUUUCUGCCAGACUGUGCUGCCCGGAAACGAGGCCAUGCUUAUCCCCACUAUGGUUGAUGAGCUGGCCGAUCUGGCCGUGCCUGGCAUGUCCUACUGGUGCUCUACUGCUGCCCAGUACUACAUUAACGCUCCUGGUGUCACUGCGGAGGAAGGCUGUAUCUGGGGCACCUCUGAGAAUCCCGUCGGUAACUGGUCCCCGUACACCGCUGGUGCCAACACCGACGACAAUGGCGACACCUUCCUGAAGAUCGGCUGGAACCCUAUCUACUUGGAACCCACCACCCCCUUCCGCAAUGUCAAGCCUGACUUCGGUAUCGAGAUUGAGUGUGAGGGUGACGGCUGCAAAGGCCUGCCCUGCAAGAUCGACCCUGCUGUCAACGACGUCAACGAGAUGAUCGGUAAGCCCUUCGUUGGCGCUGGCGGCGCCACCGGCUGCGUUGUGACCGUCCCCAAGGGCGAGACCGCGCACAUUAUCGUCUUCGAGAAGGAGGGUAAUGGCAGCACCUCGUCCGAGACCGUCGAGGUUUCUACCAGCACUCCUACCUCCACUAGCAGCUCUAGCUCCAGCACUAGCACCUCGACUCCCACUCCUACUCCGACCAGCACUAGCACUACUGAGACCCCCACCUCAACCUCCACCUCUACUCCUUCGGAGACUUCGACCUCGACUCCCACUUCUACGUCUACCUCCACCUCUUCUACUACGUCUUCCGUCUUGAGCGUCACCAGCCCCAGCACCCGCCUGCCCAAGUCGAGCCCGACACUAAGCUAUACCUACCAGCCGCAUGUCCUGACCGGUUCUGCUGAAAUCCAAGCGGCCUCCUCGACCACCGCUGCCGCUGCCGCUGCCUCUACAUCUUCCGCCACUGGCGUUGCUACUAGCGCCACAGUUUCCAUGUUCACUCUAGCCUUCGGCGCCAUUGCCGCUAUGGUCGUGAACUUCUAA